AUGGACUGGCUGCUUCGCGCCAGCCUCGCUGUCGUAGAACCGCAGCAUGACAGCACAACGGGCGACGGCGGGCCUGGCUCCCCGUUGCCAAGGGCAAGACUCUCUCCAGACGACGGAGUAAAGCUACCCACGAUCUUGACCCGGCCCGCGAGCGGCUGGGCGCCGGGUCCCCGGCCCCGCCGGUACGGGCAGGCCACUAGCGGACCCCCAGAGCCCCAAGGCACGCGUCUCCGCCCUCGGCGCGAGGCUGCGCCCGUGGUGCGGCCGCCGCCCUCGUCCGUCUACCCGCCCGCCCGCCGCACCCCCGAUCCGCGGGCCCCAAGAUCGCGGCGGCCGGUUAGCGGCAGUCGUGACCGCCCCGACCGCCCCGCCCCACCCGACCCACAGGCUCCUCCACCUCCCCUGUCUGAAAGACUUUCCUGCGCGCCAAAUGGAGAAACGGACUACACCGACAGCGGAGAAAGCGGUUGCACCCGCAGAGAGACCCGUUGCGGAGGCAUCCGCGAAGGCCUUGCCCUCUUACGGAUCACCGCCCCUGGCGGUUGCCCCGCCGCGCGACGCCGUUGCGCCAGCUCUGGUUCCAGCGACACCCGCUCGAACGGCGCCGACUCCACCAGCGCCAGCUCCACCGGCGCCAGCUCCACCGGCGCCAGCUCCACCGGCGCCAGCUCCACCGGCGCCAGCACGGAACGGGCCGGCGGGCAUACGCCCCCUGAAGCUGACCCUCCCUUGCGGGGGCGCGGGGGCGGCGCGGUCACCGCCCGUGGAGGCGCCGCCCCCGCGCACGCCCCGCCUCCUCAUCCGGCGCUCGCGUUCGGGCGGCGCGCAGUGGCGCGGAAGUUGGCGAUGCGUCCGCACGCCAUCCGCCUGCGCAUCGCCACUGAGGACUCGAUGCGCCAGCUGAAGGAAGAGAAGCUCCAGCAACAGCAAGAGCAGCAGAAGCAGCAGGACCAAGUGCGAGAGGACGCGCAUCCCGUGCCCGAUCGUGUGCCAGCGACGCUACCCACCGCCUCUGCUACGCCCACCCCUGUGUCCGCCGCCGCCCCUGCCAGCGAUGCCGUCGGGGCGCCCGCUUCCGCCCCCGUCGUAGCCCCCGAAGUGCCCAGUUCCACCCCUGCGCCGCGCUCUUCCAAAGAGAAGCUCAUCGCCCAUGCCAAAGACAUUCCCAGAGACACCAAAGACCCCAGAGCGAGCAGAGAGCCGUCCGCGUCGUCGUCGUCAUCGAAAAAGCGGCUCAGCGCGGAAGUGGCGGAAGGCGCGUCAGCGUUAUCGUCGUCCAGCUGCUCGUCGGUGACGCCGUCCCCGGCGGCGGUGGGGGCGGCUGGGGUGGCGCGCGGCCGCAAGCGGCCUCCGUCGGACAGCGACCCCGAGUCGCCGUCAUCGUCUUCGUCGAAGGCGACGGCAGCAGCGGCGGCUGCGCCCAAGCGGCGGUGCUCGGAGCCGGCCAGGGCGCCGGUGCAGCUGUGCUCGCCGCCGCAGGCCAAGGCGGGGGCUUCCAAGUCGGCGACGACGUCCCCGGCGGCGCGGAAGGAGGAGGAGGAGGAGGAGGGGGCGGGGGCGGACGCCACGUGGGAGCGCGCGUGCGCCGCCUGCGGACGCCCCUUCGCGACGCCGGCGGAGCGGGCGACCCACGUGCGUCAGCACCGUUACCACUGUCAGCGCUGCGACCUGGCCUUCCGUUCGCAGGACUGGACAAGACGGCAACAGACUGAUGCUGCAUCAGGCCCCCCUGUGCCUUUGGGAGAGACGGAGGCUUUAUAGUUUCAGAAAAGGGCCCUGACUGCAUGAUUUUUGCGAUAAGUAUUAUAUAGAACAUUCCUGCUGAUGAUAAUGUGUAAUGGAAUUGGUAGUGAACGUGCUCAAUUCUAGGGACCAAAAACUGUGUGGAAGCUACAUCAUACUAUAGUUUCCUAUAUCAUGUUUCCAAGAAAGGCUUAUUUUUUAUAAAGAAUGUAUUGGCCUUCAUGAUUAGCCACUUUCUUGCUAGAAAAACAUAUCCAUUCCCUCUGUGUUUCAAAUGCAGCAACAUUGUUUGCUGCUAAGAGAGAUGAUUGCAAGAUGAAAUGCAUUUAAAUUGUGAAAAUACAUUUGAAUAACAAAUGUACAUUUAUAGCACUAAUAUUAUGUAGUGUGUUCACAACACAUGACUGUCUGUUUUGAUGAAAAAGAGAGAAUUAGUAAGACAUUACUUUAUUUCAAGAGUCAAGAUAUUAUAUUCUCUUUGGCAAUAUCCUUCUAUGAAUUAGAAAGUAUGUACUUUUUACUUUUCUUUAAAAGAUAAUGAACCAGUCAUGUUUUUUUAAAUUUAAUUUUCCUUGAUUACACCCUUCAGUUUAGUUCUUAUGUAAAUAACUUUUGAGCACUGUUUGAUUCUCUGUUGAGAUUACAUUGUCAUUUUUAAAUUUCAUUGUAUUUGUAACAGUCUUUUGAAUUUUGCAUGUGGUGUAAUUAGAAAAU